CUGGUGGACAUUUUUGUUCGUGUUUUCCAUUUCAUCCAAUCGGGGCAAAUAGUUUUGGCUACUGUCCACACUUCUUAUGGUUGCUGUUCAUUUCAGAUUGGUCUCGACAGGAGUUUUGAACUGUGCAAAAUCUGCUACGAAAAGAACCUAAACAUCAUUCAGGCAGACUGUUUAUUCAUACCGGUUGCCGACUGUCGUUUCGAUGCUAUCAUUUGCAUUGCCGUCAUUCAUCAUUUCGCGGACGAGGAACGUCGUUUUCGAGCUCUUUGCGAACUUGUUCGUGUAGUAAAGCCAGGUGGUAAAGUUCUGGUGUACGUGUGGGCGUUUGAACAGCUGAAGGAACAUCAGCCGUCAGUCUACCUGCAGUCAAUCAUGGCCAAGAAACAUGACUCGGUACAAUCAUUCAAUGAAUCGUCGCCAUCGACCUCACAGAUGCUCAGUGAUAUGCAGCCCUCAUCCUUGCCGGUGUUUAGUAAAAUGAACAGCUUCGAACAGCAAGACUUCUUACUUCCGUGGAAAUCUUCCUGUGCAUACGCAAGUCAUUCGUCAAGAUCUGUCCUUCGCUACUAUCACGUGUACAAAGAAAAUGAACUGGAAACCGCGUGUGCCCUGAUUCGCGGUUGUACGAUUUAUGACAGGUUUUACGAACAGGGGAACUGGGCAGUUGUUCUGCAGAAAAACGCUUGCUAA